AUGGCUUCAAACUUUUUAAAACAAAAUAUUGCACUUAUUCCAUUGCUUGCCGCAGCUAGUGGAGGAGUGGUCGUAGGUGCAGCAUACGGGAUUUACGUAUUAACGACAUGUCCUGAUGUGGUUUUAAAAAGAUUGGAUGAACAACAACCUUGGAAUAAAAUCAAGCAACAUCAAAUUAUAAAGUAA